CUCAAAUAUCCACUUUUCUUGCUGCAUCUUAAAACACAUGGAGAAGGGACAACUGCGCUCCCAUUUUAUAGACAGAACCAUUGGAAAUGGAAAGGCAAAGCCGUUCCAGUCGUCCUCGGGAAACAGGGAUUCACUGCGGCACUGCCCAGCUGUCCCAGGAACUAAGGCACAUCGUUCCCGCCAGUUUCUAGAUAUCUAGAGACCCAGACAUUGAUUUUUCUAGCUUGGCCAGGCGAACACCCAGGGGAGAGGCGGAGCGGUUAGGGGCAGGAGGAAAAAGGAGGGUCGAAUGCCAUCUCCCAAGUGCCCCAAGGUAUUCGACACCUUGGCUCCCCCAGGGAGCUCAGGCCUUUAAGUCCUUUAUCCAAAGGUCCCUUUAAAUACUUUGUCCCUUACCUGAGUCCCGCCCAGGGCAGGUAAUAACAAGCUCCGCCCCUCUGCCAGAAACCGGCAUCGGGCCUGGUUACCCGGAGUGGGGAGCCCCUCCUCCCCCCUCCCCUCUUCCCUGUCACCCUUCACAGGUGGCUAUAGGUGGCCAAGGAGGUCCGGAUUAAAGAGGAAGGGGCAGUGCUCACAGGUCUGGGCAGGCGUCCACAAAAUAUGAGGGGCCACCCCUCUCUGCUGCUGCUAUACAUGGGAUUUACCACCUGCCUCAAUACUUCACCCAGUGGGGAGAAAGACCAAGAAGUCUUCCUGGGUCCCCCAGAGGCCCAGAGCUUCCUGAGUCGCCAUACCCGGAUUCGAAGAGCCAAUCACUGGGACCUGGAGCUGUUCACACCGGGGAACCUGGAACGGGAGUGUCUGGAAGAGAAGUGUUCCUGGGAAGAGGCCAGGGAGUAUUUUGAGGACGACACUCUCACGGAGCGCUUUUGGGAGAGCUACAUCUACAAUGGGAAAGGAGGUGAGGGAGGUAACUCCUUCCCAACAGGCGUCGUGAGGCCUGGUGGCUCCUUGAAUCCACCUGAAGUUGCCUCUGCUAACUGCACUUUUGCUGUCCCCAGGGCCGGGCUGAUCAGCCCUCUGAGUCCUUUGAGCCCUCUGGGCCCACCGACGCCCGUGCCUCCACCCCCACCCCCAGGCCUCCCCACCUAUGAGCAGGCGCUGGCAGCCUCUGGGGUACACGACGCACCUCCACCCCCCUACAGCAGCCUCAGGAGGCCUCACUGAAGAGCUGCUUUCAGACCUGGCUCUCCGAACCGCGACCCUGAUUCACACCGGAUUCCGGAAGCCGCUAGGCCUCGUAGACGCCGAACCUGGACUUGGAGGGAGGGAUAGUGGGAAUAGGGGUCUUCCGGCCCGAGGCCUGCCCUGGCACAAGCGUUGCCGCCGCGUAUGGAUAUACAUAUGUUCUCGGCAACAUGUUCCUGUGUCCUGGUCCCUCACGGGCCCCCACACUCUCCUGACCGUGAGGGCACCGGUCAAACCCUGCCCCCGUGGUAGACAGACGCACGGGGAAACUCGUACCCAGGAGCGAAGUCCCGGCUGUGCCGUCUUAUGUGUGAGCAGAUGACCUGUCCAUCCCCUCCAGUGCCACAGGGUACGCACACGCAGAUCCCUGCCUGUGCACACGCGUGUGUUCGUGCACUCCCCGUGUGGUACAGGGGCGCUUCGUAACCCAGGGAAAGAGUGGGGGGCACAUUCGCAAGUGUGCUCGGUGCGGGCAGGCUCGCACUACACCCAAGGAGCUGGAGUUGAGCUGUUCUAAACCCUUCGGAAAGGAGACCAAAUAAAGCAAAAAAAAAACAAAAAAAAAAAAAAAAAUCUAAUGACAUGAAUCGCGAUC